AAUCUCAACCCUCACUCCAUCGAUCAGUCUCUCGCAAUCAAGACGCGCCCAAUCAUGCAACAAGCGAUCUCAUACGAGCCAUCGCCCUUCCCGGUCCCCGCCGGCGCCGGCUCUCGGAACCGCCGCCGCUCGGCGCUCCCCCUGAACCGUAGUAGCGCCGCGGCCGGCGGGGGACAGCAGCGGGAGGGGAAGGAGGAGGGGGAAGGGGAGCUGGCGAGCGUCCGCGAGAGGACGCGCCGCGCGGUGACGGAGAGCGCGGUGGUGGUGUUCGGGAAGCGGGGCUGCUGCAUGAGCCACGUGGUGAACCGGCUGCUGCAGGGACACGGGGCGAACCCGGCGGUCCGCGAGUUCGGGGACGAGGACGAGGCCGCGGUGGUGGGCGAGCUGGAGAGGAUCUCCGGCGGCGGAAGAGGUGGGGUUCAGUUCCCGGCGGUGUUCGUGGGGGGGAAGCUGUUCGGAGGGCUGGACCGGGUGAUGACGACCCACAUCACGGGGGAGUUGGUGCCGGCUCUGAAGGAAGCUGGAGCACUGUGGCUUUGAUGGUUCCCCGAUGAAAGAUUCAAUGGCUUCAUUUUUUUUUUCUUUUUCUUUUUCUUUUUCUUUCAGAUUUUGGUUUUCAUAGAAGGGAAAAUUUUGUAUUCCUCCAGUUCUCAUGGGGGAGCUGCAUAGAAGGAAAGGGAAGGCGAUUCAGGAUUUAUUUUCUUCUUCUUCUUCUUCUUUUAUAAAAAUUUGGAACAAUUGUGGGAAGCAAAUCAGUCCAGGACAAUUUAGUUUC